AUGGCCAAGUUUCAAUCAUCAAUUAUGCUAUUCUUAGCCCAUUUGAUUUUAUUGUUGGGUCUACCGACUGCCCUGGUGGGCGCGGUCCCAAUGAGCCCAGUCCCCAAUAGCCUUGAUGUUUCCAAACGGGCCACAUCAAGCUACUGGAUGGCUAACAUUAAGCGCCAGGGUGUGGCGCCCUUUAACUCCAAUGCAGACUACAAGGUUUUCCGCAACGUCAAGGAUUUCGGCGCUAAGGGUGACGGCUCUACUGAUGAUACCGCUGCAAUUAACAAGGCCAUCUCCUCUGGAGAUCGCUGUGGUAAGGGCUGUGACUCGUCCACCACCACCCCAGCUAUCGUCUACUUCCCGCCCGGUACCUAUGUCGUGUCCAAGCCCAUCGUCCAAUAUUAUUAUACUCAAAUCGUUGGCGAUGCUACGGAUCUUCCCAUUAUCAAGGCCGCUGCUGCCUUCGCUGGCAUGGCUGUCAUCGAUGCCGAUCCAUACGAAGAUGAUGGUGCAAACUGGUUCACCAAUCAAAACAACUUCUUCCGUGGUGUUCGUAACCUAGUCAUUGACUUGACUGCCAUGCCCAAGGGCUCUGGUGCUGGUAUUCACUGGCAAGUCGGCCAGGCUACCAGUCUGCAGAAUAUCCGAUUCGAGAUGGUCAAGGGUGGCGGCUCCGCUAACAAGCAGGAAGGUAUCUUCAUGGACAAUGGCUCCGGUGGUUUCAUGUCCGACUUGACUUUCAAUGGUGGUAACUACGGCAUGUUUCUGGGUAACCAGCAGUUCACUACGCGCAACUUGACUUUUAACGACUGCAACACCGCUAUUUUCAUGAACUGGAACUGGGCAUGGACUUUCAAGUCGGUUCAGAUCAACAACUGUGAGGUUGGCCUAAACAUGUCUACCUCGCCUUCCAACCAGACCGUUGGUUCCGUCAUGCUGCUCGACAGUACGCUCACCAACACCCCUACUGGAAUUGUUACCGCCUGGACUGAAAAGAGCAUUCCAGUUGGCGGUGGCACUUUGGUCCUCGACAACGUCGACUUCUCUGGCUCCAAGGUUGCUAUUGCCGGUAUCGAUGGAAACACCAUUUUGACUGGUGGCUCUGUUGUCGCCAACUGGGUGCAGGGCAACACCUACACUCCCGGAUCUGCAGUCAGCAAGCGUGCAGUCCAGGUUGAGGCGGACACCGAUGUUGUUACUGUGACUGAAACUGUCAUGAAGACCAUUGAAGCCUGCCCCGCAACUUACGCUUCAGCCACUCUCGCCAGUAACAACGAACAGUCUACUAGCCAGUCGACUCUCCUUUUCCCUACUGGUUCCGAGGAGCGAACUGUCGCCUCCGUGCCUCCCGUUGGCACUGGCGUUGUUGCUUCAGUCACAAGUGCCGGCGAGAGUAUUCCCGCUGUUGUAGCGACCCCCAAGCCAGCUACCACCAAGGAGGUCACGUUGGUUCCCUCCGGCGAGAAUACUGUCGUUGCGACUGGGGCUGCCGAGGUCACCUCUGCCGCGACUGCCACAGUCAAGAACAUCGGUGGUACUGGAACUGGUGGAGUCUCUGCCAGCAUCUCUGCUGCCCAGAGCUCCUACCCCGCCAGUUAUGGCUCUGGAUCCAGUGGCAGCACCGGCACCUGUGGUGCUAACCAAGCUGUCGAAUCUGCUCGCACUCAGGCUGCUAUCAAGGCCUCUUCCAAGCCAGCUAGUCUCCUUGUCGAUGGCGCAGUUUUCGAAAAGUCCAAGCCCUUGUAUGAGACUGUCCCUGCUUCCUCCUUUAUCAGUGUCAAGUCUGCUGGUGCCAAGGGUGAUGGCUCUACCGAUGACACCAAGAUUAUUCAAAAGGUUCUCGAUAGUGCCACUGCUGACCAGGUCGUGUACUUUGACCACGGUGCCUAUGUCAUUACCGACACCAUCAAGAUCCCUAAGGACAUCAAGAUCACUGGUGAGAUCUGGCCCAUGAUCAUGGCUCAUGGCAGCAAGUUCGCCGACCAGCAGAACCCUAUCCCUGCUAUCCAAGUUGGCCAGAAGGGCGAGACCGGUUCCGUUGAGAUCAGCGACCUCGUUAUUAUGACCAAGGGUGCUGCCCCCGGUGCUAUUCUCAUGGAAUGGAACGUCGCCGCUUCUACUCAAGGCUCCGCUGGUAUGUGGGAUGUGCACUUCCGCAUUGGUGGUGCCGCUGGAUCGGAUCUGCAGAGCGACACCUGCCCUAAGACUCCUAAAGUCAAGACUACCCCCAAGGCCGAAUGUAUGGCUGCUUUCUUGCUUCUCCACGUCACCGAGAAGGCCAGCGCCUACCUCGAGAACACCUGGAUGUGGACUGCCGAUCACGAGCUUGAUCUUGCCAGCCACGCCCAGCUCAACGUUUACACUGGCCGUGGUAUUCUGAUUGAAUCCCAAGGCCCCGUCUGGCUGUGGGGUACAUCGUCCGAGCACCACCAGUUGUACAACUACCAGGUCUCGAAUGCCGAGAACGUCUUCAUGGGUCUCAUUCAGACCGAGACACCCUAUUAUCAAUCUAACCCUGGCGCUCUCACCCCAUUCACACCCCAGCCCAAGAAGUGGAACGAUCCCGAUUUCGCCACUUGCACCACCGCCUCCUGUCGCAAGUCAUGGGGUCUGCGGGUUCUCAACUCCUCCAAGACCUACAUCUACGGUGCUGGUCUGUACAGCUUUUUUGAAAACUACGCUCAGACCUGUCUCAACUCGGAGGACUGCCAAGAGAACAUUCUCGAGGUCGAUUGCUCUGACGUCCAGAUCUACGGACUUACCACUAAGGCAUCCGUUAACAUGGUCACUUCCUCCAGCGGCAAGAGCAUGGUUCCCGAGCGCCCGAACAAGAGUACAUAUGGCUCGACCAUUGCCCUUUUCGAACAAACCGUCUAG